GUCUGAAGUUAGAAGAGAGCAAGGCCAGGCAAGAACCACUCAGACGGCACGGGUCCACACACGUGCGUCGGGGUGGCCUGCCGGCUCCCCACCUUGGUGGGCAGCAGUCGGGACGAAGUGCGUUUUGCACUCUUUAACCUGGAGGCCCAACUACGCCAAGUUUGUCUGAACGAAGAAAGAAACACCCUGUACGGCCUGGUAUUGGGCGCAGAUUGAUGGAGAAGGUCAUGCUCAUUCCGGUACCCCUCAUUGGCUAUACACUCCAACCAACCCGAUUGCCUGGAAGCCCCCGCAUAUGUUUGUUAAGGCAAGGCCGACAAUUUCCUGGAAGGGGCCAAUUUGAGCGUAUAUUCACGCGAUUUUAUCGUUUAAUAGAUAUUAUAUAGGCCUGCGCAUGGAGAUAUACUAAAGAAAGCAAUGGAUGAAUCGCUUCCAUCUCCGCCGGCCGUGAGUGCCUUGCGCGAAUCAUUUGGGGACCGAAAACCGCCCGAUAUCACCCGCAAAAUCACCGCCUGUGUUGCGUGCAGAAAGCAAAAGGUCAAAUGCCACAUGCGAGAUGGCCAGGUGCCAUGCUCCCGAUGCAAGAAGCGAGGCUUGUCGUGCACUGUCAAUAGAAGCUUGCAGAUGCUGCUGGAAGAUGAUGUAACAUGGAAAGGCGCUGUGGUCCAGAAGCUCCGGCGACUAGAGGACUCGAUAGCCAGAAUCGCUACCAAAGUGGACAUGCCAGAAUUACAGGUGCAAAUCGACAAUCAGCCAGAAGCCAUCAGCCCAGCAGCAGCUGCUAUACCUGCAGAGUCCUCAAAUCGUACCCCGGCAUCAUCAUCGGAAGACGAGACCCUUCCCCCGCAGACAUGGGCAGUUGUUAUGGACCCACGAGGGGGUCCAGCGUCCAUUCCAGCAUCAUGUGUGUCUGAACUUCGAACGACCGCGUCGUUAGAUAAUUCUCGGUCAUCAGGUCAACGAGACCUGGUUUCUAUGGGCAUUCUCUCCCUAAAUCAGGCUCUUUCUCUUUUUGAUAUCUACCAAUCCCGCCUCGAUCACUUCUUAUAUCGCAUUCUCGGGGAUCACACCAGUUUAGACUCGGUACGAGUGAGCUCGCCACUUCUUACUGCUGGUGUAUGUGCCGUAGGGGCAUUGCACUCCUCUUCCCUGGGGUAUCUUUUCGACUCUUGCUAUCGUGAAUACAAGAACUUGGUCGCUUCCUUGAUGUUUUCUACCAGCCUGAAAGCGGAUGAUGUGAGAGGUCUCUGCAUUGGUGCCUUUUGGCUGCAUGAACUCUCUUGGUCUCUGAUUGGAAAUGCGGUCCGCGUCGGGUCCGAUAUUAAACUGCAUCAAGGCAUAUAUCGAGCACUGAAUGGAGACAGGGAGGGGUAUUUGCAAGCCCGACUUUAUUAUUUGGUUUACGUAUGUGAUCAUCAUUUCUCAGUAGCAUACGGCAGACCUCCGAUGUCACGAGAGGGGUUCAUCAUCGACUACGCUAGUCAAUUUCUCGAAACUGAACAUGCAACCGAGGACGAUGCGAGGCUUAUAAGCCAAGUCAAAGAAUGGUCGGUCUUGGGCACUGUAUUUGACACCUUUGGGGUUGAUGUCGAUACCGCUAUUCCACAUCGUAGCCUCCCACAGCUUCGACGUUUCUCCAUAGCCCUUGAUGUAUGGCACGCCGACUGGAACGAAACAUUCAAAGCAAACCGGAAUGUCGGAAACUACCCCCAGAAAGGGGUUGGCUUUCACUAUCACUUCGCUAAGCUCUAUCUCUGUUCCCAUGCGUUCCGUGGGGUUCCCCCGGCACAAGAUAGGCGUCAAAGCCUGACACCGGAUAUGGAGGAUGUUGCAAAUACUGGCGUCCUCUCGGCAAUGUCAAUCCUGCGUGUCAUUGUUUCUGACGACGAAUUUCAAUCCUUUCUCAAUGGCUUGCCACUUUACUUCGACACUAUGAUCGCAUUUGCCGUAGUAUUUCUCCUCAAGGUAGCUACCAAAUACGCGACAGCUAUACGAAUUGAUACAGCUCAGAUACUAUCAUUAGUCUCUCAAACAGUCGCUGUACUCCGCGAUAUCACGCGAUCUAUGCAUCGGCAGCAUCUACUUGUGGUCAUCGCCGAGGGCUUAGAAAAACUGCUGUGGAUGUGUCAGGAACCUGUUCAGCACACACAACCUCCGAUGAUACAACCUUCCCCAGCGCCAGAGCACACUCAAAAUGAUAUAAGUUGGAUGGAAAGCAUUAAUAAUUUUGACUUUCUAACAAAUUUUCCCACUGUAGACGACUGGUGUUUCCAAUACAACGGCCCGAACAACAAUAGACAUAUCACGAUACCCUGAUGAAAACAAGUCU